AUGUCGACCUCCUCACUGCGGCGCCAGGUGAAGAACAUCGUCCACAACUAUUCGGAGGCUGAGAUCAAGGUGCGGGAGGCCACGAGCAACGACCCCUGGGGCCCGUCCAGCUCACUCAUGUCUGAGAUCGCCGAUCUCACCUACAACGUGGUUGCCUUCUCCGAGAUCAUGAGCAUGAUCUGGAAGCGGCUCAAUGACCACGGCAAGAACUGGCGGCACGUCUACAAGGCCAUGACGCUGAUGGAGUACCUCAUCAAGACGGGCUCGGAGCGCGUGUCACAGCAGUGCAAGGAGAACAUGUACGCCGUGCAGACACUGAAGGACUUCCAGUACGUGGACCGCGAUGGCAAGGACCAGGGCGUGAACGUGCGUGAGAAGGCCAGGCAGCUGGUGGCCCUGCUGCGCGACGAGGACCGGCUGCGGGAGGAGCGCGCCCAUGCACUCAAAACCAAGGAGAAGCUGGCGCAGACCGCCACGGCUUCCUCCGCAGCUGUGGGCUCCGGGCCCCCGCCCGAGGCGGAGCAGGCCUGGCCGCAGAGCAGCGGGGAGGAGGAGCUGCAGCUGCAGCUGGCGCUGGCCAUGAGCAAGGAGGAGGCCGAUCAGCCCCCGUCCUGCGGCCCCGAGGAUGACGCCCAGCUCCAGCUGGCCCUUAGUUUGAGCCGUGAGGAGCACGAUAAGGAGGAGCGGAUCCGCCGUGGGGAUGACCUGCGGCUGCAGAUGGCCAUAGAGGAGAGCAAGAGAGAGACCGCGGGCCAGGAGGAGUCGUCCCUCAUGGAUCUUGCUGAUGUCUUCACGGCCCCAGCUGCUGCUCCUGCCACUGAUCCCUGGGGGGCCCCUGUGUCCGUGGCUGCCGCCCUCCCCACGGCUGCCACCACCUCGGACCCUUGGGGGGGACCUCCUGUCCCUCAGGCUGCUGAUCCUUGGGGGGGUCCAGCCCCUACACCGGCCUCUGGGGACCCCUGGAGGCCUGCUGCCCCUGCAGGGCCCCCAGCUGACCCUUGGGGGGGGACCCAGGUCCCUGCGGCUGGAGAAGGACCAGCACCCGACCCUUGGGGGGGCUCUGAUGGUGGGGCCCCAGUUAGCGGAACCCCGGCCUCUGAUCCCUGGGCCCCGGCCCCGGCCUUCUCAGACCCCUGGGGGGGGUCCCCUGCCAAGCCCAGCACCAAUGGCACUGCAGUGGUCGGGGGCUUUGACACGGAGGCCGACGAGUUCUCUGACUUCGACCGCCUGCGCACAGCCCUGCCGGCUUCUGGGAGCAGCACAGGGGAGCUGGAGCUGCUCGCAGGAGAGGUGCCUGCCCGCAGCCCCGGCGCCUUCGACAUGAGCGGGGUCGGGGGCUCUCUGGCUGAGGCUGUGGGGAGCCCCCCACCCGCGGCCGCCCCGACGCCCACGCCGCCCACGCGCAAGACACCCGAGUCUUUCCUGGGCCCCAACGCCGCGCUGGUGGACCUGGACUCACUGGUGAGCCGGCCGGGCCCAGCAGCGCCCGGGGCCAAGGCCUCCAACCCUUUCCUGCCGAGCGGAGCCCCGGCCACUGGCCCCUCCGUUACCAACCCCUUCCAGCCUGCGCCCCCCGCGACGCUCACCCUGAACCAGCUCCGGAUCAGCCCUGUGCCCCCGGUUGCGGGAGCACCGCCCACGUACAUCUCUCCCCUCGGCGGGGGCCCUGGCCUGCCCCCCAUGAUGCCCCCGGGACCCCCGGCCCCCAACACUAACCCCUUCCUCCUAUAA